AUGGAAGCGCAGCCAAGCUGGCCAAUCCCUGGCGCCCCAUCAGGAGAGACCCCUUGCGAGGAGGAGCAGGCGGUGGGGUCCCCGAACCCAGGCGCUGCGUGGCGACUUGGGAUUUGUAGGCUGAGCGAAUCUUUUCCUAGCGGCCUCUCUCCGAGUAUUCGAGGAGCCAAGGACUACCACACCCGUGAGCCUUUUCGCCCGCCCAGCUAGAAGGCAUUUAAAUCAUUCAGUGCGGGGAUGUUUUCCAAAAGACUGCGCGCUUGACGAUUGUGUUGCGCUGCGGUUCUUGCCGUGGGGAAGAGGGAGGUUUGGGCUACGGUUUCUAUUUGUCGUCUGCUUUUCCUUGCUUAGUUGUUUCUGCCUGUCUGGAGAAAGAGGGGACGUCUAUUCGUUAGAGGAGCUCUCAGUGAAAUAAAUGGAUGGAGGGAGAAGAGAGAAGGGAAUUGCUUCUCCACGCUAAGCCUAUUUAUUCAGAAAUAAGUUCCAUUGCUUUCAGCGGGGCUUACUCCUAUGAAUUCUUACCAAGGAAUAAGCGCCACAGGGCUUCUGUGAGCCCAGUGAGAUUUGGCGUGAUCUUCGGCGGUUAAUAAAUUAUUAUUAAUAAACAUGCCAUAAUAAAUGUUGGCCUUUAAGAUGCCACAUGGCAGUUCUUUUCCCCGCCAUGCAGACUAAUAGUUCCACUGUCAGGAAAUGACGCAUUGGAAUUAUUUUGAAGGGAAGUAACAGCCAGUCGAAUAUGCAUCCAAGUUGCACAACGCAGCGCUAAUAUAGCCAACAUCUACAACACAGCUUUUUUCUGGAUCCUGUAUCUUCAGCACGAGUCUUGUCCCCGCCCCUACGAGCAUUCCCUGAAACACUAGACCUUCCUGUUUUGUAGUUUAGAGACAAGGGGACACCUGGAAGCUUAUGGCGGAGACCUGAAAUCCUGUGCCCCUUACUCGGGAGUACUCCCACUGAACCCAGCGUGCUUUUAAUAUCGCUAGGAGCUGGCUGCCACCUUGCUCCCUUGCGCUCUCGGGCCCACCAUUAGCGCUCGAGUUCCUCAGCGAGAGCAAAAAACCCAUCUCCUCCCGCCUAUUCCUCAUCUGUUCCGCAAGCCACGCCCUCUAGCGCAGCGAGCCAAUGGGAUCCGGCUAUUUCCCUUAGCGCGUCAGGAGGAGGCGGAGCGAAUUUUCCUCUUCCGUCGUCUCUUGCCCACAAGGGGUAAGUCUGCCGCCUCGCACAGGUCUGCUCUUUAGGCUCCAAGGUGAGGGCCUGCCGCGUCUACGGCAGAGUCUUCAGGGCGGCUCAGUGAUUGGGUGAAUUCGAAAACGCAGAGUGGGGGUAUUUGCCGUUAUGACCGUUGAACCUGCGAGGGGUGGGGUGGUCGGGGUGGAGGAGCUGCUGCAAUACGCGCUCCAAACUCGGGCCCACAAGAGACUGGAAGGUGUCAAUGGAGUGGCGAAUAAAAGACGCGGGUGAUGGUGGUGGAACAUAGGGCUAAGAGGUGAAUAAAAUGAUGCACCUUGCGGAGAAAGUCACCCGCCCGCCCGUUCUCAUAGUGCGGAAACUAAGGGUCACCUAAGGAAGCUUAAUAGUUAAGCUGUGGAGUUUUCUACUGCAAGAUGAAACAGUGGGCGGCUUCAAAAGGGGCUUGGACAGGGUCCGCCCAAGACAUUUUGCCGCCUGAGGCAAACCACUGAAUGGCGGCCCCCUUCCUCCCCGCCAGGGAAGGAGGAGUGGGUGAAGAGCUGCAUCAGGAAGAGGGGCAGGCAUAAAGAUAACAAGAGAGUCUGCUGCCCCUAUGGAUCCUUCCACCUGAGGCAGUCGCCUCGCCUUGACUCAUGCAUGGGCUGGCCCUGGGUUUAGACAAAAUUCAUGGAGGGAAAAGCUGCUAGUCACGAUGGUUAUUGGAAAUUGAUAGCCUCUGAAUACUAGUUACUGGGAAUUACAAAAGGAGGAAAUGCUGCUGUGUUUAUGCCCAGCUUCCAUCCUGUCCUGGAUGAAGGACUAGAUGGGCUAACAGACUAACUGAAAACAAGACUAAAACGAGUCAUGACUAAGGUAUUAAUUUAGCCCUUUUUUCCUCCAGGAACAGGGCCACCUGAUAAACAAGCAUCUAGUUGCAUGUUUGUUGAGAAUAGGUAGCUAUUUGUCUUAAAUGCAAAGAGAAAGCAGCUGUAAAUAGUAGGCUGAAGUAGUGAUUAAGUUUCAUGAAGGGUCUACUGGGCCUAUUGACUGAUACACACUAUAAAAUUCUGCAGGUACCUCAAAUAUACAAUCUGUAUAAAACAGGGAUCGGUAGCCUGUUCCAACAGCCAAUAGGGGCAGUGAUUUACAAGGGGCAGGUACAAGAAAAUAGGUAAUGUUCCAAAUAUACUUAGGGACACCUGGAGAAAAUGGCAAAUGUAAAAUAUAGGACUGAAAGUUUUAAUCAGAUUUAAUUAAUAGCCUUCCUGAUCCUAUGCAUGUUUACUCUGAAAUAAGUCCCAUUGAAAGUAAAACUUGCAGUGGCUUUCCAUAUUUUUUCCACUGAGCUCCCUAUGAAUAAGAAUGAAUACUGUACUUAUUCUUAAGUAUGUUAAAUAUGUAUACUACUAUAAUCAGCUAACUUUACAUAAGGUAGUUCAGGAAACUUGCAAAACUUUUUACAUGUUAGCAAAGCGAUAAACAAGAAAAUUGGCAUUUAUUUACCAGUCAGAGUACUGGGUGAUUUUUUUUUCAUUAUUCAGUAAAACAAAUGGAGCUAAAUAUUCACACAGAAGCUCUGUUAACUUUAAUGAACUUUUGCAAGUUUCAUGUCGAAGCUUGGCUCUUGUUUUUACUUCUCAGUAUUUCUCUUUUCCUUGUGUGUGGUUAGAUGCCGAAGAUUCUGUUUAUACACUGAAUGCUGCAGAAAUGAUUUGAUAUUGCAGUGGAGUCUUUAUUUCUCACUUGUUGACGUGAACCUGACUAGGUUGCAUCCCAGACAUAGAAACACAAAUAGAAAGUUGCAAGGUCAGUGUGCUAAAUUUAUUCUGUUAAUUAUUGUUAGGGGUCCUUGCAUUUCAAACUCUAAAAUAUACCUGACAGCUAGUGCUAAAUAAAUGUUUAACAGAAGCAUAAUUAUGUUCUACUGUUGGGAAAGUGGUUUCCAGGUUUUUUUGGUGAGUAAUUCAGGAGAACCCUCGUAUUAGUGCAUAGGGGAGGAGAGGGGGGAUCAUUUCAUCUGGAAGCUGAAAACCUUGUGUGGAUUAAAAUACUGUCAUAGUGCUAUAUAUGAGUCAUUCUAUAAAUGAAUGUGAAAAUGAUAGAAUGCAUAUAAAUUCAAGAAUAUAUUCAUAUGCACACUGUCCUAGGAAUAAUUGCCAAUUAAGUGGAAUUUACUAAUGAGAAAGCAUGCAUAGAUCAGUCUGCAUAGCUCUUUAUCAUUUGAGUUUUGAAUGUUUAUUGCACAGGGUCAAGUUGUGUGUACUGUACAAGAAAGAUAUGAAACCCAGCUGGUUUCAUUAGCUACUCUCCAUAUAGGUUUAUUAAUCAAUCUUAUCAAUUUUUUACAUUUUCUAGGAUCAACCACUCCCUUGCAAGGAUUAGAAGUUCCUAUGUAAAAUGCUUGUCAAACAUAAAAUAAAACUACUCUUGAACAUGGUACCUGGAAAGCAACGCUUUGGAGUAUAUAGAUUUCUCCCUUUCUUUUUUAUCCUUGGAGGUGCUAUGGAAUGGUUUAUGAUCAGAGUCCGAAUUGGGAAAGAGACUUUUUGUAAGUAUUUUCAUAAAGUUAUCUAGUAUUUUUCUCUUAGUAGAUAUAUCUACAGUCAUUGUUAAAAGCCUAGACUUAACAGAUAUUUCCUAGUUUGUGUAACCCAUUACUACCUCUAAAAUAAGUCCAUAAUUGCUUGAAUAAUCAUACCUGAAGAUUUGCUUUGCUUUAUGUUCAGUUUUUAUUAAAUGGAGAAAUAGCCCAAUCUGAUCUCAAAUAGGUAACCACAAUAUGGGUAACUUAAGACUUUAUGGCUAAUGGUAUCAAACGUCUCAGAACUCUUUAAUGGGAUGCAGUUGCCCUUGCUGCUCUUCUAAGAGACAAGUGACAUAUUUCACAAAGUGCAAUUUCAGUGCUAUGCCCAAUUCAAUACAGUGGCGCCCCGCAAGACGAAUGCCUCGCAAGACGGAAAACCCGCUAGACGAAAGGGUUUUCCGUUUUUGAGUUGCUUCGCAGGACGAAUUUCCCUAUGGGCUUGCUUCACAAGACGAAAAUUACUUGCGAGUCUUGAGAUUUUUUUCCGCUUUCCCCCCCUUUAUCUAAGCCGCUAAGCCUUUUAGCAGCUAAUCCGCUAAGCCAAUAAGCCUUUAAUAGCCGCUAAACCGCUAAAAGCGCUAAUCCGUUAAGCCGCUAAUAGGGUUGCUUCGCAAGACGAAAAAACCGCUAGACGAAGACACUCGCGGAACGGAUUAAUUUCGUCUUGCGAGGCACCACUGUACCUAGACUGGUCAUUUAAGAAGUUGAUGGUUUAGUCAGCUACUGUAUAUGCUCAGUGAUCUCCCCCCUCCCUUGAAAAAGUUAGAGAUGAACUGAUAGCUACCUGGAGAAUCCACAUUUAAAUAGGUUUUUGAGGAGGGAUGAGCCUCUAGAAAUUUAAGGCAGUGGUAGUAUAUUGUUCUCUGUGAAUGAAUGAUCCUCAGCCACAGCCACCAAGAAGUCUGUUUUUCUCAAAAUGGUUUUACCAGCUUUGUUGAGUGUUGGUACUACACCCAGGUGGUUCUUUCUCAUGCAUCAUUCUCCCUAUCAAAUGUUAAGACAAACUAAAGCUAAUUCAAAUAGCCUUAAGCAACACGGCCCUGGUCAAAUAAUCUAAUAAUUUUCUUGUGCAUGUAGGUGAAGUUAGGUUGGGGGGGAAGAGCUCCCCAGAUGGUUGACAGUGGGAAUCACUGCUCAUAUCAAAGAUAAUUUUGGCAUGCUAAGGCAGCUAUCCUCAACCUUUUCAGAUCCAGGACCCAUUUUUAACCCGAACAUGUAUUUGUGGUAAAAGAUUAAGAAAUGGGUCCCCAUACUUCCAUGGUGAUAGUGCUCCUGUUGUGACCCACCUUGGAUCAGGCUUGGACCAGUUGAAAAACUCUGCUCUGAGGCAUCCAUAGCCAGUUUUAUUUUUCUGCCUCAGUUGUCACUUCACUCCCUGCCUCAUAUUGUUUUUUCAGGGCACUCUUUCCUUCAUUUUUUUGUCUGUUCUUGGUGUGUGGCUAUUUGUGGGACCCUUGUUGUCCCUUCUGUGCUGCUGGCAAUUGUUUUUUUCUGACUUUUUCCGUACUUUGCCACCUUGAAAUUCUCCGUCUCCUUCCUUCUCUCCCACCCCCAAAGCCACCUGCCCUCCCCUCCCCUCAGCCAUCUUUGCCUGCCUUUCUCUCAAUCUACCUUCCUCUAUAGUCUGAUGAAAAAGUUAAAAAUCAAUUAAGAGAGGACCCUCUUACUUAUUCCACAACCUGUUUCCCUGCGCUGAAUACGAUUUGGUCUACAGUCUCUUUAAUCAGUCCAUUGAUACUUAUCCUGUGAUACAUCCUUUUUGUGCAUCUAAGAUGACAUCAGGGCCUCACUCUGGUUGGCUAUGGGGUCUGCCUCUCUCAAACUACUUGUUAUUUAAUUUUUGUUCCAUAUCUUCGUGCUUCUCAGUUCUUUUGGCAGGGAGUGUUACAUCUUAUACUUUUCUGCCACUGUUGUGCCUUUGGCUUAUUCCACUUUUCUGGGCUUGUAAUAAUUAAACUGGCAAUGGAUGCCUUAGAGUGCCAGAAGACUUUGAUUUGAACAUCAAUUUCUGCUGUCAACCAUUGGCUGUCAUCCUACAUGCAUGAAAAGCAACCCUUCACGGGUAAGUACCAGCAGUAUCAUCUCAUGAAAUAGGUAGCAGACUUAAAUCAGCAGUAGCCUGGCUAGUUUCUCCCAUGAGGCUAUUUUGGUUAAACCAUAUUCACCUGUUUUAUGAUGCCUGGUUAUAUAAUUUCUGGUAUUCUGAAUUGGAACAUGGCUGGAUCUGUUAUCUUUGAUCUAACCUUGGAUAUGAGGGAUCUCUUCUUUGAAGGUUAGUGCUAAGAUCAGAUAAGCCUCUGCCUGCUCUUUGACGGUAAACUGCCAGAGCAGGCAGCCGUUCUCUGAUCACAGUGCUGUGGAAUUACAGCACAAGAUCAGAGAUAAAUAAGAUUCUACUGUCUUUUACCAUCAAAGAACAAGCAGAGGCUUGUCUCUUCUCUUGGUUCUCUUGUCCUACUACACUAGGAGAUGUGCCUCUACUUGCUGCUUGAUAGUGAAAGGCAGCAGGAGAGGCUUAUCUCCAAUCUUAGUGCUGUGGGACAAAAAGUAUUACGAUCAGAGAUAAGCCUAACACUUCUGCCACAGCUUAAGCUUUGAUUCACCAUAUAUAUAUCAGAUGAUUGAUAACAGGAUGGUCCCACUCGCCUAUUAAAAAGGGUCUACUGGUGGGUCAGUUCUAGAUCCAGUGCUUUGGUCAGAUCACAUUCCCCAUCCUUGUUCUAACAAGCUUUGCUUCUAUAAAUCAUUCACUCAUUGCCAUGGUAUAUUCUUCAAAAUAUGAUAUUUGGUCCUGUGAUCUGGUUUGGCAUGAAUCAGCCCAUUCAGUUGAUUGUUUACAUUGGGGGGGGGGGGGGGAGAUAGCUGUCUAACGAAGUGAUGUAAAAAAUGUAAGAUGCAUUUAAAGGAUGUUUCCACCACAGUAUUUUGAGAAAUAAAUAUUUUACAGAUGA